AUGAUGGGAAAGUCUAAGAUCAAAGAUUUCGACCCCGAGUCGCUUCUCGACCCUGCGCCGAGCUCCAGCGAAGACGAGCGCUCCGAUGCAGACCUCUCAGAAGUCGAAGAUGACAACGCUGGGCGCGAGCAUUACACUUCCGUUGGAAAGAGCAAGCUAAGGAAGCCGGUUGAGGUACCACUCGGCCCGGAAUACACUGGGCGCAAGGUGGAUCGCAAAGCGCUCGAAGACAGCGAUAGCGACGAUCCAUUUGCCAGAGGCUUCGACGAAGAGGACAGUGAAGCAAGCGACGAUGAAGUGGAGGAUGGCCUCAAUGGGUUAGAACUCGACGACCAGGACGAAAGCGACGAGGAAGACAUGAACGGCGAUUUCAAUGAAGACAUGAGCGACGAAGAUGAGGAGAUGGGAAGCGAAGGUGAAAGUGGAAGCGAUGACGAUGCCAACGACGCCGAAGACUCAGAGGGUGAUAAAUCUGGCGACGAAGCGAAGCCCGACGCGUCUACUAUCCGCGACCUCAUGUCUGCGAACAAGUCGUUUACGUCGACAAUUGCUGCCGGUACGCAAUCCGAUGUAGCGAAGGGAAAAGCCGUAAAGACUCAGCGGAAGACGUUCGAUACGUUACUCAACUCGCGCAUUCGAUUACAAAAGGCGCUCAUCUCCACAAACUCCAUGGCCGCAGAGCCUUACAAGACUGAGACCGCUCAAGAUGCGCCCAUUGAAGCUGCGGAGGCAGCCGCUCUAACUCUACUGAACAACCUCACAAGCCUCCGACUUUCCUUGGAAGAGUCGCGAACGGGUCAGAAGCGGAAGCGCACCACAUUCGACUCGACAACAUCUUCAUCAGAGAUUUGGGCCAACAUUCAAGACAGCGAGAAGAACACACUCCCACACCGCAAGGCCAUCCUCGAACGUUGGUCAAACAAGACGAAAGCGACAACCGUCACGAAUAACAAAGCCCGCCUCAACGCAUCCGCGCAACAGACCCUGACAGAAGUCCUCGACUCCCAGCUAACAUCAUCCCACCUGGUGACCCGCACACAAACCCCACGGUCCUGCGCGCCCCUUCAAUCGUCCGGCAAAGCUGCUCAGCCCGACCCUGCUAUUUACGACGACGCCGACUUCUACGGCCUCAUGCUCAAGGAGCUCCUUGAACAACGCUCAGCCGACCUCAACGCAAACGGAACCGCUGAAUUCGUCGUGCAAGCGCCCUGGCAGGUUGCUCGCGAAGCCAAGACGAAGAAAGUUGUCGAUACAAAGGCUAGCAAGGGCAGAAGGCUACGGUACACUGUGCAAGAGAAACUUCAGAACUUUAUGGCACCUGAAGAGAGGGGUGAAUGGGGUGAUAGGCAGAGAGAUGAGCUGUUUAGCAGUCUGUUUGGGCAGAGAUUAGGGCUUGGAGAGAAUGAUGACGUGGAGAGUGAGGAAGAAGGUGGUGUGGAUGCUGAGGAGGCUGGACUGAUGCUGUUUAGAAGUUGA